AUGGCUGGUUUCGAUUGUCGAAAUAAAAAUACAAUGAAUGAAAAAUAUUUAUGUCGGUCUUGCAAUCUUCUCCUACGAGAUCCUGUUCAACUUCUGUGUGGUCAUCGAUUUUGUCAAGCUUGUAUUGAUUCACAACAGAUGAUUCUUGAUUGUAUACUAUGUCACGAAAAAACAAACAAAAACGAAAUGUUUUCUGAUCGUGGUGUAGUAAAGGACAUGACAAAAUUAAAUAUAUGGUGUUUUUAUUGCCAAUGGACUGGUGAAUUUAAAAACUAUGAAAAUCAUUUAAUGAUGAAACAUUCAAAUAGAUUUGUUAAUGGUAAUGUCAAAAACAAUGCAUUCUCUCAAAUUCGACGAUUAAUUCAAAAUGUAGAUGAAUGUCGAAAACAAUUUCGAAUGAUGAUGGAGAUGUCAGAAAGAAUUUUAUCUCAAACAUCACCUGAUAAAACAAGUAUAGAGGAACAAAAUGCUCCAGAUGAACGACUGCCUCAACAAGAGAACUGUAUUGCUUCACAUGAUGGUACAUUGUUAUGGAAAAUUGAUAAUGUAUUAAGUAGAUUAAAUGGAAAUAAUAAUUCUGUUCUUACAUCAUCACCAUUUUAUACUUCACCAAGUGGUUAUAAAAUGUGUGCUCGUAUUUAUUUAAAUGGUAAUAAUAUUGAUCAAUCAACUUAUGCAUCUAUUUUUCUUAUUCUUAUGCAUGAUAAUUGUAACGCUAUACUUAAAUGGUCAUUUGAUUUUCAAGCCAUAUUUUGUCUUUAUAAUCUUAACGAUACAAAAAAACAUAUCAUCGAAUCAUUUCGAACUGAUAUAAAAUCAAGAAGUUUUCAACGACCACGAUCCGAAAUGAAUAUUGGUAGUGGUAUUCCAAAAUUUUUUUCAUCAUCUGUAAUUCAACAAGAAAAUAGCCCUUAUGUUUGUAAUGAUUCAAUAUAUAUUAAAAUUAUGGUUACAGAAAAUAGUAUACCUAUAUCUAUUUUACCAAAGAUUAUGUCUAUAGAUCCUGCAUUACCGGUUUAUAUUCAACAAGAAAUGAUUCAAAAAGAAACUGAAAAUUAUAAUAUGCAACCAUAUCAAUUAAAAUUAACAUUAAAAUUACGACAAAUAUGUAACAAAUAA